GGCAGUGAACCCAUCAACACAAAACCCAGUUUGGCUAUGUAAAAAGCCCUUACGGCUACGGUCCAAAGGGAUAAAAGAAAAAAAAAUUGGAGAUGAGGGAGUCUGUUGCACAGCAGAUUUGAAGAAAAAAGAGCAGAGCUUUGAAGGAGAAAGGAGAAAAGCCAAAGUAGACAGAGAAAGCAAACAGAAGCAUCAGCUGACUUCGUUGAUCUGUUGCAUGCCUCUUAGCUUAUUAUAUUCGGAAAAACCAUAUCAAUUUUCUCUAUACCUUUAGUUUCUACCUCCUGCAAAUAUUAAGGAACCUAAAUGUCUCUCUUGAUGUCGUCAUCCUGCUUAAGUUUUCCCUCAAAUUUUAAUCCAUUUAAAACAUGUGAUAUGAAAUUCCGACAACCUUCUGUAUCGAGUUCAUUGUGUUCUUUUGUUGAUCACUCCAAAUUUUCUUGCAACGUGACCCUAAAUAACCACAAAAUCUUUAGAAACAAGUCUUUGAAUGUUUUGAAGCCUGUUAAAAAUUCUAUUAACCAAAAUAGUCAGCCUUUCACCGAUGACGAUGACGAUGAUGAUACCAUAACUUUUGAUUGGGAGGAUGAAGAAGAUAUUGAAGACAUGGGGUCACCGUGGGAAGGGGCAGUUAUAUACAGCAGAAAACCUUCUGUUACUCAUAUGGAGUAUUGCACAACCUUAGAGAGACUUGGUUUAGGAAAGCUGUCUAGUGAUAUCUCAAAAUCUAGGGCGUCAGUGAUGGGAUUAAGGGUCACAAAGGAUGUCAAAGAUUAUCCAAAUGGAACACCUGUUCAGAUCUCCAUUGAUGUAACAAGAAAGAAGCAAAAGACAAGGCUUGAUGGGAUCAUUAAAACCGUCAUCAGUCUCGGUUGCAACAGGUGUGGUGAGCCUGCUGCUGAGUGCAUAUUCUCCAAUUUCUCACUUCUACUAAGCGAAGAGCCCAUUGAAGAACCUGAAAUUAUCGAUAUGGGAGCAAGCUUUAAGGAAGGUUUUAAAUCUUUUAAUGGAAGUAACCAAGGGGUGGAGGAAGACGAUGACGAUGCAUCGAUUGAUUGGGAAGAUCGGCUUUAUUUCCCUCUUGAAGAAAAAGAAAUCGAUAUUUCAAAGCAUAUACGAGACUUGGUGCAUUUGGAAAUUACUAUUAAUGCGAUAUGUGAUCCAAGAUGCAAGGGUAUAUGUUUGAAAUGUGGUACAAAUUUGAAUACUAGUAGUUGCAAUUGUAAAGAAGAUGUAGAAAAGAAGGAUUAUGGUCCACUUGGAAACUUAAGGAAGCAAAUGCAGCAGAAAUCAUCCUAUAGCCAAUGAAAUGCUUUGGAAUAGGGUUUUUCUGCAAAUUUUCCUUUUCCUUUCGGCGUCAUUCUCACUAGUUAUAUAAAAGUAUAAAACCAUAAGGACCUAUAAACAGUCCUAUUUGUAUCUGAUAAUGGUAGCGAUUGAAAUUUUGAUUCUUUGCAUCGAUA